AUGUCGAGCAUAUUCAGUGUGCUGAUUGCAAUAGGAGGCGGAAUGGGUGGUUUUCUUUUUGGAUAUGAAAUCGGAAUCAUCGAUCAAAUCCUCAUUAUGGAUAGCUUCAAAAGCUAUUUCAACACCGCUGUUGAUCAGACAAACAUCAAUGGAAACAUUGCUUCUCUAUUUUUGGUUGGGUGUGUUAUCGGAGCGCUUGCUAUUGCUCUUUUUGGUGAUGUUCUUGGACGUAAACGUGCUAUAUUCAUUGGUGGUUGUCUUUUCUGUAUUGGUGCUGCAAUUCAAACAGGUUCAUCAAGUCUCGGCAUGCUAUACGGUGGAAGAAUAGUCGGUGGCUCUGGAAUCGGUGUAUUAUCAACCGUCGUACCUGUGUUUAUCGCUGAAUCAUCACCUGCCAAAAUUCGAGGAACUUUGACAGCUGUUUUCCAACUCAUGAUCACUUUUGGUAUCUUGGUCGCAUCAUGCGUCAACACUGGAAUCAUCAAAGGUCUCGAUGGACAAGAAGCCGAAUGGAGAACCGCUUUUGGGUUACAGAUGGCUCCUGGUGCUCUCUUACUUCUAUCAAUCUUGCUCUUGCCUGAAACUCCUCGUUUCCUCGCAAUGAAAGGCAAAAUGGAUGAAUGUCUCAAAGUUUUGGCUCGUAUUCGUGGACGUGCUGUAAAUUCUUCAGACGUACAAGCAGAAUACCGAGAAAUCCAAGUUGCUGUUGAACGUGAUCAAGCUAUCGGUGAAGCUAGAUGGAGUGAAAUCCUUCACAAAAGCAUUCGUCCUCGUGUGCUCAUGUGUAUCAUUCUGCAAAUCCUCCAACAAUGGACCGGUAUCAACGUCAUCCUUUACUAUGCGGGCUCUCUCUUCCAAGACAUGGGUUUUAGCCACGCUGAGUCUUCGACAUCCUUUAUUAUUGCUAACGCUGCCAUCAAUUUUUUGGCUACAUUCCCAGCUUUAUACCUCGUUGAACGAGCUGGACGAAAAACUCUCCUGGUUGUUGGUGGUAUUGGCAUCGCAAUCUCUCACACCAUGGUCACCAUCUGUCUCAAGAUCAGUCAAAACGGAAACCCAUCAGUUGCAUGGGGAGCAAUCGUCUUUGUUUACAUGUUUGUCUUCUUCUUUGCUAUAACUUGGGGCCCAGUAGUCUGGGUAGUUCAAUCUGAAGUGCUACCUUUACGAGUCCGAUCAAAGGGAACUGGUCUGGGAACACUUUCGAACUGGGUGAUGAACGCUAUCAUUGCCAAAGUCGCACCAGUCAUUUCAACAAACCUUGGUGCAUACCAAUAUCUCGUGUACGCUGGAUUUGGAGCUAUCAUGACGGUUUACGCUAUCUUCUUUGUUCCGGAAACCAAGGGUGUUGAACUAGAGGAUAUGGGCACUGUCUUCGGUCAUCCCGAAGAAGCUGCCAUGUCUAUGAUUGAUAGGAAGGAAGCUAUCUGA